UGUGCAGAAAAGUAAUUGCAGUUCAGCGAAAAGGUUGUGUUGUGUCUUCUGGUAAUGUUGAUUUGACGUGUCGUGAAGGCGAGGAAGAAAUGGAUAUUACCAGCUUCAAUGCCAUAUUCCAGAACAGAGACAGGACCUACGUGUACCUGUGGACAUACAGUCAGUUUCAGCGGGAGCUGUCGGAGUGGGAGGCCAUUAACAAGCUGCUGCAGCGGCAUGGCUUCAAACCCGUGCAGUUUGCAGACCCCGUGCAGAACAAGAACCUGUCAGACCUGGUCCUCCUGGAGAAGACGGCAGCAGCUGAUCUGAGGGCCAUGCUGCGCACCAUGCUGUCAGACUCGGACCGCAGACAGGCCCUAAUACAGGAGCUCAUACAGUCUAAUACGCAACUCAAAGAGGAGGUGCAGCAGCAUCAGACCAGGGCGGCGCGUCACAGUGCCCGAUCGGGAGAGCUGGAGGAGGUGCUGGAGGGGGUGAAGGGCAAGGUCCAGGACCUGGAGGAUCGCUACAUCAACAAGGCAGCACAGCAGCACACAGUCUACACUCAACUACAGCAGGAGAAGAAGGAGGCAGAGGCUCGUUGUAAGGAGCUGGAGCGUCGCGUGUGUGAGGAGUCUGAGCUGGUCUCUCAGCUGAAGAAGAAACUGCACUACGCCGUCAGAGAGGAGCAGAGGCGCACCGCACGCCAGAACAAGGCCUUCCAGAACAUACUAACCAGGACUCACACAGACACCCCAGCAGACCAGCAGAUGCUGGAUAUCAUCGAUGUCUAUGAGACUCAGAUGCAGCAGCUGAGAGACCAGCUCAAAGGCCACAGGGAGCCGAGGGAGAGUGACAGCUGCAACGGCCAACCAGAGACAAGCUCCUCACACAGCUCCACCAAUCACAAUCACAAGACGUUACUCAAGUGGUAUCAGGAGCAGCUGCGGGAGACGAAGACCCAGAGAGAGGAGCUGAAGAGGGAGAUACAGAGCCUCAAAGAGGACCUGGAGACAAGGCCGACAGUGAAGGAGUUGAAGUCGUAUAAGCAGCAGCUGAAGAGGAUGGACCGCCUCUUACAGCAGACCAACCUCAGGGGUGCCCAGGGUCUGAUGCCUGAGGAUGUGGCUGAUGUGGAGAACAUUGAACACAUGCAGACCUCAACCUGCCGCACAAUACUCAAGUCGGUGUGUGUUGAGCUGGGUGUUGAGGAUGUGAAUCAGCUGCUUCCAACAUUGAAGAGCAAAGUCAAGGAGGCCGACACCACACAGCUGGAGAAGGUCCUGCGUGAUGUGAGUGCGUUGUUAAGCAGUCCCAGAGCUCCAGCCCAGCUGCUGCGGCAGCCCCCCAGCCGACAUCAUGCCCAGGACGCAGCCUCCCUACUGGGGGAGAGCAGCAGCAGCAUCCUGCCCACCCUGGAGCUCUGGCUGGACCAGCUGGCAGCACUCAAGGAGCUGCAUGGCUCUCUGGUGCGGCUGGUGAAGAGACUGCUCCCCUGGCAGGAGGGCGGUGUGUGUGGAGGACCAGGAGGAGCAGGAGGAGGAGGAGGAGGUGUGUGUGAGGAGGGGGUGAGGGUGGAGCAGCUGCAGCUGCUGGUGGAUACACUCCUGGAGGAAACCACGCCCCCAGAUAAGGUGCUGUGCAGUCCCACCAAGAACACGCUGCUUUCCAUGGUAACGCACUUCCAGAAGUUGUUUGACGUGUCGUCGCUAAGGGGCGUGUAUCCACGCAUGAACGAGGUCUACACGCGCCUGGCCGAGAUCACCAACGCCAUGAGGAACCUCAGAGACGUGCUCAACCUCGAUGACAAGGCCCCGCCCAGUGAGGUCGUCAACCAUGUGGCCAAAAUGGCAGCCGGCACGGAAGCCCCCAGCACACACGCACUGCUGCAGACGCACGAUAUAGACAGUAUAAUAGUGAGGCUGCAGGAGCAUGAGGAGUUCUUUCCUGCGUUCCACUCUCUGGUGCUGGACCUGCUGCAGACACUCGAUGUGCAGAGGAUAGAUGACAUCAUUCCUACACUGAGACAACUGAAGUCUAGAGAGCACUGAUUCUUUUUACCCGUGUGUGUGUGUGUGUGUGUGUGUGUGUUGUUUUCUAUAUUUAUAAAUAAAGUACUAUGAUCAAGUUUUA